UUGGGUCAACGCUGUGGGCCGUGCUUAUUAUGAGACAUAAUAGCACGCUGCGAUGGUUGGAUAAAUCCAUUCUUUUGUGUUUGUUUACACGUUCAAAUCCUAUUAUUUUUUUAGCAGACAAGCAACGCGAGACAGAUUUCCACACAUCCACAUCCCGAUCACCAUGCAUCGCUCGCACAUUACCACCACGCACCGCCCAUCAUUGCUUGCCUUGGCCAGCUCGCUCCCUUCGUCCCGGGCCCAGAAUCAGUCAGACUUGGCAGCCACGAGACGCCACACCCUCGAGACCUCGAGCCCAGCCGCCGCUCGCCACCGAUGGUCGCCGUCUUCAACAAGGAUGUGCUGAGCUGGUACCUCAUCACCAUCAAGCUCAGGGAGGCCGUCGACGCCAACCUCCAGAAGUCCCCGCCGCCGCCGCAGGACCUGCCGCUGCCGCUCACGAACGGCGCCGCGUCGCCGCCGCCGCCGACGCCGCUCCAGCGCCGCCAGCCGGAGCAGGACCGGCCGCCCCGGUCGCGGGCGCAGUCCCCGGCGCACAGCCCCAAGCCGCAGGACUCGGAAUGGGUGAUCGCCAUCCGCGGGAAGCUGGCGCAGGCGCGCGCCGAGGAGGCGGCGUGCCCCUGGGCGCGCCUCUCCGUGUACCGCGUCCCCAAGUGCCUCCGCGACGGCGAGGAGCGCGCCUACACGCCGCAGGCGGUGUCCAUCGGCCCGCUCCACCACGGCCGGCGCCGCCUGCGUGAGAUGGACCGCCACAAGUGGCGAGCGCUGCACCACGUGCUCAAGCGCACGGGCCACGACGUCACGGCGUACCUCGGCGCCGUGCGCGCGCUCGAGGACCGGGUGCGCGCCUGCUACGAGGGCCGCGCCGCUGGGAUGGGGAGCAACGAGCUCGCCGAGUGCCUCGUCCUGGACGGGACAUUUGUGCUCGAGCUCUUCCGCGGCGCGCUGGACGGCGGGAAGGGGUUCGUCGACGACCUGGGCUACUCGCGGCACGACCCCAUCUUCGCCAUGCGCGGCGCGAUGCACGCCGUGCGCAACGACAUGAUCCUGCUAGAGAACCAGAUCCCGCUCUUCGUGCUCGACCUCCUGCUGGGGAUCCAGCUCGGCAACCCGGAGCAGAACGGCGCCGUCGCCAGCCUCGCCGUGCGGUUCUUCGACCCGCUCAUGCCCACCGACGCGCCGCUGCUCCGCAAGGACCGGUCCAAGCUCGAGUCGUCCGUCGGCGCCGCCGCGGCCGCGGCGGCGUUCGACCCGCUGUCCGACCCGAUGCUCCACUGCCUCGACGUGUUCCGGCGCAGCCUCCUCAGCGCCGGCCUGCAGCCCAUGCCGCCACCCCCCGCGCGGCUGUGGCUCAAGAAGUGGUCCGGCCUCCGGCGCGUGGCCGACAAGCGGCGGCAGCAGUUCGUGCACUGCGUGUCGGAGCUCCGGGAGGCCGGCAUCCGUUGCCGCCGCCGCAACACGGACCGGUUCUGGGACAUCAAGUUCGAGAACGGCGAGCUCCAGAUCCCGCGCAUCCUCAUCCACGACGGCACCAAGUCUCUGUUCCUGAACCUGAUCGCGUUCGAGCAGUGCCACAUCACGGACAUCGACGCCCCGGGCGGCAACAACAUCACCUCCUACGCCAUCUUCAUGGACAACCUCAUCAACUCGGCGGAGGACGUCAAGUACCUGCACGACCGCGGCAUCAUCGAGCACUGGCUCGGCAGCGACGCCGAGGUGGCCGACCUCUUCAACCGCCUCUGCGACGAGGUGGUGUUCGACAUCAACGACAGCUACCUGUCGGGGCUGUCGGACCAGGUGAACAGGUACUACGACUACAAGUGGAGCACGUGGGUGGCGAGCCUGCAGCACAAUUACUUCAGCAACCCGUGGGCCAUCGUCUCCGUCGUCGCCGCUGUGUUCCUGCUGCUGCUCACCACGAUGCAGACCUUCUACAGCGCCUACAGCUACUACCGGCCGCCCCAUUGAUCGCCGGCCAUGGUCCAUUCAAAACUGGUCCAGAAUUUGAACUUUUCUAGACUGGCACCGUGCAAUUGGGAUUGCUAGUUUGCUGAUGCGGUCGAGGGAGGCGAAGUAACGGAUUUCUUUCUUUUUAAAAAUAUAAUUUUGGUUGGUUCUUUAUCAGGGGAGAAUUCUUCCAUUUGAGUUGUGGACUUGUGGUAGAGGUAUUUGACCAGCAAAUUCUUUGUCAAUAAUAUAAUGUAACUUGUUUGCGUAUGUAAAGGGAUUUGGAUAAGAAGAGGGCUCGAGUAAGGCACUAUGGCGAGAGCCUGAGAAAAAAGCUAGUUCAGACA